GGAGAUUUAGAUAAAUGAAAUAUGCAAACGAACAAACCCUAUUAAACGAAAACAUUUCUUAUUUGUCUCUAUAUUAAAGAAGUUUAUGGACAGGAUAUGGACAGGAGCUAUGAACGGGAAAAUAACAACUUUUUUAAUUUUAAUUGGAUAUUUAUUCGUGGACAGUUUGGCACAACGGACAGAUGUCAAGUGCGGACUUGAUAUAUUAUGGGUUUUUGAUACGUCAUGCAGUAUAAGCGAAUCAAACCGCACAUUGAUAAGAAAUUUUAUCAAAGAUGUUGCUGAUAACUUUAACUACGGGGCAAAUCCAGGACAGACGUUGAUGAGUGUUCUUACGUUUGACAAAGGGGCAGAGCAUCAGUUUUAUUUCCACCAAGUAAAAAGUAUUACAAAAUUCAAAAGAAUGGCAUCAAAUAUCGAUUUAAAUGCCGUUCAAUGCAAGACACUUACAUGGCAAGCACUUCAACGUGCUCCAAAAUAUUUUGAAACGGCUAAUGGAGGACGUGAGGAGGCGGCUGAUGUUAUACUUCUCGUCAGCGACGGGGUUACCUACCCUAGAAAGAAGGCAUAUAAGACAAUUGCAGCUGCCCAACAAUUCAAACUAAAAUAUGAACUUUUUAUUUUUGCUUUGCCAAACGAAUAUGGAAACGAUGGGCUUGGUGAGUUGGAAACGAUGGCGAAUGAUGUCAGUGGGAGAAUAUUAAGACCUGGUCAAUUUGAACAAUUACCAAGAUAUGUAAAGAAACUCAGGAAGGCGUUAUGCGCUGUCAGGAAACCAGACGUUACGACAACGGUUAGUACUGACAGAACUACCCGACGGAGGAGAGGUCCGCCAACCCCGACUAUGCCACCGAUUGAAGUGACCCCUGAUAAAAAGGAGACAACAAAUCCAACGCGUGACCCUAAUUUCUUCACUGAGAGUACUACCCGACGGAGGAGAGGUCCGCCAACCCCGACUAUGCCACCGAUUAUAGUGACCCCUGGUAAAAAGGUUACAUCAAACCCGACGCGUGACCCCGAUUCCUUUACUGACAGUACUACCCGACGAAUGAAAGGUCCGCCAACCCCGACUAUACCACCGAUUGUAGUGGCCCCUGAUAAAAAGGAGACAUCAAAUCCGACGCGUGACCCUAAUUCCUUCACUGACAGAACUACCCGACGGAGGAGAGGUUUGCCAACCCCGACUAUGCCACCGAUUGUAGUGACCCCUGGUAAAAAGGUUACAUCAAACCCGACGCGUGACCCUAUUUCCUUCACUGACAGAACUACCCGACGAAGGAGAGGUCGGCGAACAACGACUAUGCCACCGAUUAAAGUGACCCCUGGUAAAAAGGUGACAUCAAACCCGACGCGUGACCCUAAUUCCUUCACUGACAGUACUACCCGACGAAGGAGAGGUCGGCGAACAUCAACUAUGCCACCGAUUAUAGUGACUUCUGGUAAAAAGAUGACAUCGAAGCCAACUCGAGACCCCAAAGUACUCCCUGACAGUACCACCACGGCAUCGAGAGAUGGUCGCACACAAGGAGGAGAACCAUUAAUCCCAUCAACGGAUGCCACAACACCCGACGACCAGACAGUUAAACCAGCUAGUGUUUUGUGUCCAUUUGGGUUCCAUGAUGAAACGCACAAAGACUCUUGCCAAAUAUUUAUGUCUUCUUGUGACUUAAGAAACGAAAAGUGUUGCGGCUGUGGCUUUGCAUUUGCCCAUCCAGACAAUGGGACAUUGCCGCAGUGGCCGACUUCUGUGUUGUAUAAAGGAAAGUGUUAUUGCGAAUUGUGUCUGAAUACUGGCUGUAUUCCUCCACAUAUAAAGGACACUUGGGCUAAGGAAAAGAGGCAAUGGGAAAAAUCACGAAAUGGUGUCAAGUAAAACAACGGAAAAAAUAAAUGAAAUAAAAUGAAAAAGAACAGAUUUCCAAAUUCUCAAAGGAAACAAGUGAAGC